AUGACACAAACACAUUGGAGUCUAAAGGUAGACAGAGGUAGACAAGUUUGGGAAUACUCUGAAGAAAAAAAGGAAGCCACUGAUGUCGAUAUCCAUUUAUUAUUAUUAAAAGAACCCGGCACUACCACACCACAAGGUUGUGAUUUAAACAAAGCACAAACUCCACAAGAAGCUAUCUUAAAAGCUUUCCAAUAUUUCUCAAAAGUUCAAACUGAAGAUGGUCAUUGGGCAGGUGAUUAUGGUGGUCCAAUGUUUCUCUUACCAGGUUUAGUUAUUACUUGUUAUAUCACUGGUUUCAAACUUCCAGAAUCAACCGAAAAAGAAAUUAUUAGAUAUUUAAUCACCAGACAAAAUCCAACUGAUGGUGGUUGGGGUCUCCAUAUUGAGGCUCAUUCAGAUAUUUUUGGUACAGCAUUACAAUAUGUUACAUUAAGACUUUUAGGUGUUCCAGCUGAUCAACCAAAUGCUAAAAAGGCUAGAGAAUUUUUACAUGCAAAUGGUGGUACUGUUGGUAUCCCAUCAUGGGGUAAAUUUUGGUUAGCAACUUUAAAUGUAUAUGAUUGGGAAGGUUUAAAUCCAAUUCCAAUCGAAUUUUGGUUAUUACCAUACAACUUACCAAUUGCUCCAGGUAGAUGGUGGUGUCAUUGUCGUAUGGUUUACUUACCAAUGUCUUAUAUCUAUGCUAGAAAAACAACUUGCAAGUUAACUGAUUUAGUUAAAGAAUUAAGAAAGGAAUUAUAUAUUACUGAUUAUGAUAAAAUCAAUUGGUCAGAACAAAGAAAUAAUAUUAAUAAAUUAGAUAUGUACAAUCCACAUACCACCUUAUUAAAUAUUAUCAAUUCAACAUUAGGUGCUUAUGAAAAAGUUCAUUCAGGAUGGUUAAGAAAGAAAGCUAUUGAUUACACCUUUGAACAUAUUAGAUACGAAGAUGAACAAACUAAAUACAUCGAUAUUGGUCCAGUUAAUAAAGUCAUUAAUAUGUUAUGUGUUUGGGAUCGUGAAGGUUGUUCACCAAACUUUUAUAAGCAUGCCGAUCGUCUCAAGGAUUAUUUAUGGUUAAGUAAUGACGGUAUGAAAAUGCAAGGUUAUAAUGGUAGUCAACUUUGGGAUACUGCAUUCACUAUUCAAGCUUUCAUCGAAACUGGUAUUGCCAAUCAAUUCCCAGAAUGUAUGAAGAAAGCCAACGAAUAUUUAGAUAUUUCUCAAGUACCAAAUGAUUCACCAAAUAUGGAUGUUUAUCAUAGACAUUUCUCUAAAGGUGCAUGGCCAUUUUCAACAGUUGAUCACGGUUGGCCAAUCUCUGAUUGUACAGCAGAAGGUAUUAAAUCAGCUUUAGCUCUUCGUUCACUUUCAUUUAUCGAUCCAAUUUCAUUAGAAAGAGUUGCAGAUGGUGUCAAUGUUAUCCUUACUCUUCAAAAUAAAGACGGUGGUUGGGCUUCAUACGAAAAUAAACGUGGUCCAAAUUGGUUAGAGAAAUUCAAUCCAUCAGAAGUUUUCCACAAUAUUAUGAUCGAUUAUUCAUAUGUCGAAUGUAGUGCUGCAUGCAUCCAAGCAAUGUCAUCUUUCCGUAAAUAUGCACCAAGUCAUCCACGUAUCAAAGAAAUUAAUCAUUCCAUUCAAAGAGGUGUUAAAUUUAUUAAAUCAAUUCAAAGACAAGAUGGUUCAUGGAUCGGCAGUUGGGGUAUUUGCUUUACUUAUGGCACAUGGUUUGGUAUUGAGGGUUUAGUUGCCGCUGGUGAACCAUUAAAUUCACCAAAUAUCAUUAAAGCUUGCAAAUUCUUAGUUUCAAAACAAAGAGCUGAUGGUGGUUGGGGUGAAUCUUUCAAAUCUAAUGUCACUAAAAAUUACGUUCAACAUCCAGAAACCUCUCAAAUUGUUAAUACUGGUUGGGCUCUCUUAUCUUUAAUGUCUGCUAAAUAUCCAGAUAGAGAACCAAUUGAAAGAGGUAUCAAAUUCCUUAUCUCAAGACAAUAUGCUAAUGGUGAUUUCCCACAAGAAUCAAUUAUUGGUGUAUUCAAUUUCAAUUGUAUGAUUAGUUAUUCAAACUAUAAGAAUAUUUUCCCAUUAUGGGCAUUAGCCAGAUACAAUAAUUUAUAUUUAAAAAAUAAAUUAUAA